GAUUGGAAAGAAAUUAACGCUCGAUUAAGCGAUGCACAACUUAAAGUACAAGCUGCUCGUUGUAUGGAUUGUGGUGUUCCAUUUUGUCAAUCUGAUACUGGUUGCCCGAUUGGAAAUAUCAUUCCAAAAUGGAAUGAUCUUGUAUUUAAGAAUCAAUGGCUUGAUGCUUUAAAUAGGUUAAUGAUGACGAACAAUUUUCCUGAAUUUACAGGUCGCGUGUGCCCAGCUCCCUGUGAAGGAGCAUGUGUCUUGGGAAUAAAUGAAUUACCUGUUAGCAUUAAGUCUAUCGAAUGUGCUAUUAUUGACAAAGGAUUUGAAAUGGGUUGGAUAGUUCCUAACCCACCAUCUAUUCGUACUGGAAAAAAAGUUGCUAUUAUUGGAUCAGGUCCAGCUGGUCUUUCAGCUGCAGAUCAAUUAAACAAAGCUGGUCAUACUGUUACUAUUUAUGAUCGUAAUGACAGAUUUGGUGGACUAUUAAUGUAUGGUAUCCCUAAUAUGAAACUUGACAAAAAAACAGUACAACGAAGAAUUGAUCUGUUGGCACAAGAAGGAAUUAAAUUUGUAGCAAAUGCUCACGUUGGCGUAAAUGUUGAUGCAACAAAAGUCCGACUAGAAAAUGAUGCACUAAUAGUAGCUACUGGAGCUACUUGGCCAAGAGAUUUACCUAUACCGAAUAGGAAUUUGGAUGGCAUUUACUUUGCUAUGGAAUACUUACAACUUAAUACACAAAGUCUUCUGGAUUCAAAUCUUCAGAAUGGCAAAUAUAUUGAUGCAAAAGAUAAACAUGGUAAAAAAAAUUCUAACCAUGAUUUUCUUCAAUUAGUUAUUGUUAUUGGUGGUGGUGAUACUGGAUGUGACUGCAUUG